UAAUGUUCACUUACCAAAAUCAUGAGACCGACCACGGGACCACAAUGAGGUUUGAAUUCCGAGACGACCAUGGCUCGGACCCGCAUGCGGAUCAUGUGUCUGCAGCAGCCAUGUGGACCAUUCUUCUCCCGUUGUUGAUGGACUUUGAGGAGCUUCUACAUUCUUACACUGGUGUUCUAGUGGAACGGUUGAUGGAGUGUCCGAACUGUAAACUCUUGUCAUUCACCGGUGAGUGGUUGACGCCGAAAGAGACUCAAGGGAUGGCCACGCGCCCGUGCGUAGAGUGUAAUGAUGAAAUAGACACAGCGUUCCUCGUGCAGCCACGUGAAAAGAAACGAGAUGACGUUCGGCUUAAUCUUGCGCGCAUGCGCCAAAAACGCCGGGACGCUUUGAAAGGGUCUGCUGGUUCCAAAAUCAAGCAAGUUCAAGCGCCUGUAAGACAUGGACGCCGAGCUGCCAUUAUGCCAACGGAAAGCACAUUAAUGUCACGCCCUAGCAUUUCUACCGCAGGUGAAAGUGACAGUCACAGUGACACAGCAGACGACAAUAAAACUCGACCAACUGGACUUUUACCGGGAUUAAAUGAAGAUGAAAUGAGCACAUUCAUGACUAAAUUAGGCAACGAGGCUGAUGAUGGGUCAGAUCACAGUGUAAGCGAAGAUAAUGGCGACAUAUAUUCUGGUCAAAGUUCCGGCUUGCUUCCUGGGUUGAAUCCCGGAGAAAUGGCGUCAUUAAUGAGUAAAAUAGGAAAUGAAACGGACAAAGAAAGCAUUGCAGAGAGUGAAACUGACGAAAAUGAAACUCCUGCUUCCGGUUUAUUGCCAGGUCUUAACCUUGAACAAAUGCAAUCAUUCAUGAGCCAACACGCACCAGAAGGUGAGGCAACUAGUAACAACGACAGCGAUGCAGACGACAACAAUGUUGCUCCGGAAAUGGGUCUUUUACCUGGCCUUAAUCCUGAACAAAUGGCGUCUUUGUUGAAGAAAGUUGGGACGUCUAGCAUAGACGACGCUGACAGUGUGCAAGAAUAAACACACUUAUUAUAAAUAAUGUUUUUGUUUUCGAAAACCAUUAUGCGCGCUCAGGCGAUAUGAUUUAUCCUUAGCUGGGACAUUUUAUGAAAUAGGUUAAAUGGUUUACUCUAUAAACAAUCAUUAUUCUAACAUUCUAGAUUUAAAGCAGCACGCCUCCAGAUUCUUUCUAAUUUUCAUGAAAAUUUUGAAAAUGUAUCUGAAUGUUUAAUAUUGUGUGUAACCAAAAUGAAGCAAUUUACCCAUUAUCAAUGCCACUUACAACCCACGUAAAUUACAAAAAAUGUGGUCAAAAUAUGCACAAAAUCCCUUACUGCGUUAGUAACGCAGUAGAAAAAUAAUUGUAAAUACUGAAAAAUAAGUCAUUAAUCGCACAGAACAUGUGAAAUAUUACUUGAAUCUUGAAUCAUUUUACUUUCCUAAAAAUUUAGUAAAUGUUUCUUAAGUUUGAUUUUAUUGAAAAAUUUUGACCCAUCUGGAGGCAUGUAGCUUUUUUAAGUGUUCUCCUCACAUAAUAAAUGGUAUUUCUUUUAAAUAUUAUUUCUAAAAAAUCAAUUAUGUGCGAAAUUUUAAGGAUUUUCAGGGCGUUUUCAUUUUUGGCAAUUGUAACAUGUAGCUUAAUUUUUAGAAUAAGGACAUUUGCUGCAAAAAAAGCCAAAGUAAGGAGAAUUUUUUUACAGUUACUUAAACAGACCAAAGAUAUAGGUCAAAGAUUCACAAGUUUCCUAAAUGCUCCCAAGGGGUUCAGAAUGAGGACAGCAAAAAGAUCUAAAUAUUUUAGUCUUGUAUUAUCGUCGCAAUUUCAAAUGUCUUGCAAACAGUUAUCCAAAAUUUCUGUCUACAUCAGAUUCAAACAAAACGUAGAUGGUCAUGUUUAAAGAAAAAAGCUGAAUGAUUUACAUUACAAUGACUGACAUUUGUCCAUAUCUACGCAAAUCCCGUCGUCAUCUUCGCCAUCAUCAUCAUCAUCGACGUAUAGUCUUGAAGUUCAAUAUCACCUUAAUGCUUUAUUUUGGUUUCUAUAUAUACGAGUAUCUUGCAUCAUUUAUAGCAAAAAGUAGAUUACAGUUGACACAUUUUCCAUGCUUUAAUCAGACUAAUUUGGAGCUACAUGUAUAUUGUCCAAGAACAGGUCCUGUCAGAUUAUUUUUAAUUUUAGAUUAUGUAUACAUGUAUAUGCUAAUAUAUAUGCUGAAUUGGGUGUAAAAUUUUGUUUCAGAAAGUAGAUUGUUUUAACUCUACGAAUUGAUCACCUUAAUUAAUGGAAAAAACUGUAUAUGUAUUUAUAGUUCAGAUCUUUCCUAUAUAAUAUUAUGAAAUAAAAAUGUCCAUAAGUAAAUCUGUUAUAUGAACAUGUUAUAGUAAAUUAUAUAUAUAUAUAUAUUUAUUUAUUGUUGGAAUUGUUAUCAUUAAUGACAAAGUAUUAUUCUUGAAGUCUUGUGUUUUUGGUUAUUUUAAUCAUUACAAUCAAUGAAGGGUUGUCACAGAAUAGACUUUAUUAAAAAAAAUUUCUUUAA